AUGUCGGGGGAAAAUCCGGAGAGAGGCAUAAUAUUGGGGUCUUCAUCGGAAACUAUCUUCAUUAUCACAUCAAAUGAGGUGAGUGGUUUUUUUUAUUUUUUAAAAAAUAUUUCUCAAAAAUUUUGCUAGUUCAGGAGGUUAUAAUGCGUCAAAAUGAUAAAACCCGUAAUUUAGCAAUGGGUGAUUGUUUGCAUAUUUUAUCAACAAGCACAACGAAUUGGAGAAAUCCGGCUGGAUUUCGAGAAAUCAAACGAGUUGUCGAAAAUUUCGAGAAGGUUCCAGCUUUUUUGUUGAAUGGAAAUAUCAAAAUAAUCGAAAGGGUAUUAUAA